AUGAGCGUUGCUUCAGAGGUUGAGUUUGCCAACAAAUUCCAAGACCUGGUCAACUUUGUUUGUCCGGAAAGAAUAAACAGGGAAAUUAAUUAUCAGAGUGUGAAGUCUACCUCUACCACGGUGUACAAGCUGAAGGAACAGCUGGCAGCCAAGAUCGGCGCUGAUGUGGACCAGAUCACGCUCAUGGUGAAGACCAAGACGAUCCACGACGAGGAUCUGGUGGGGAAACAUGCUGUUGACGGCGAGUUGAAACUGAAUGCUAUGGUCAAGGCCAAGGCCAAGCCGGUUGCAGAGCCGGUCACAGAGCCUGCAACGUCUGUGCCGGUCACCACGCUGUCGUCGGCCGCCUGGUCGCGGAUCUCUGAUGUCCUGGCCUCAGAGAUCAAGGACGAAACAACCAGAAACGAGUACCUGCAAAAACUGAAGAAAGUGAGGAUAUAG